AUUCUGCUAAUUUGGCAGGAAGUCUACAAAUAGUGUCACUUCCAAUGUGACCUUAAUCAUUCAGUCAUGGUGGCUCAACUCUUCCUCGGUGUGGUAAUCAUGGCUGUUUUUGCAACAACUGAUGCUAAUACAGCUAUCAAAGUAGUCUGUGAACAAGACUCCAUAAUGAUCACAUGGAGGAUCAAUGCGGAGUUGGUGCCACAUGCUGCUCGUCUCUUCCUUGGAAGCUGCUUACCAUCUAAAUUUAAUGUUCUGCCCAGCGGAGAGGGGGAAGCAGAGUUCAAUUACAAACUAGUUAACUGCAAGUUUAAAAGACUGGUGAAAGGAAAGCAUCUCCUCUAUCAAAAUGAGCUGACUUUCAGACCAAAUAAAAAGUCCAAACCUGCUUCCUUUGUGUAUCCCAUUGAGUGUGCUUAUAAAAGUCCUGAGGGGUGGGUCCCCACUUUCCUGAAUCCUGGAUCCAGUUUUUCUGAAGGCCGAGGCAGGCUGGUUUUCCACAUGGAACUCCUCAAUGAGGAAUUAACAAGUGUAGCAAAGACCAACGUCAUCCCCCUGGGCUCGUUCAUGCCAAUAUGGGCGGCAGUGGAGCAGAAGUCCCACCAACCCUUGCUGUUGCUCAUAGAGGAAUGUGUGGCAGCCACUACACCAGAGCUGCAGCUUGACAGCCAGGUUUACCCUAUCAUUGGCAAUAAGGGGUGUCUUUGGGAGAGCAUGAAGGCAAACUCUGUGUUCCUCCCUCGCUACCACUCAUCUGCACUUGUCCUUUUCCUGCAGUCCUUCAAGUUUCCUCUUGGAAAUGAGGUGUACAUUCACUGUAAGCUGGUUGCAUGGGAUCCUGAAGUUCUUGAUGAAACCAAGAAAGCUUGCCAUUAUGUAAAGGAGAAGCUGAGAUGGGAACUACUCGAUGACCCUUCUCAGAGCUCCGUCUGUAGCUGCUGUGAUUCAACCUGCACCCCUCGCUUAAAAAGAGCUGUCAAAUGGGAAUCUAAAGGCUUUAGUCACAAUUCAGUGUUGGGACCCCUGAUCGUAAUUGAUCCUUCUGACUCAAACGUCCAGGACAUAUCGGAGGUGUCUCUUACUGCAGCGGAGGUGCAAUGAUGAGCAUUUAGGGUUUAAGGUCUUGAUGUCCUGAAAUGGAGCGUUUUGUUAAACGCAUGACUAAAAACGGAUAUGGAAUAUGAUGAAAAGUUCUCAACAGAAGGCCCAGCCCAAGAUGAUGGAGAUUAUGAUCCCAACAGAGGGGCCAGUAGCAGAUGACCUCGGCCUCCUGACUUACAAGACAGACAUCUGCUUAAUGAUCUAAAACUGUUGCAGAUUAAUUUGAAUUGUCUAUCAUAAAUAUUAAAGCCUCUGUACAAAUAAACCUGGUGAAAACUUCA